GCGGAGAGAGGAGGGAGCGGAGAAGGAGCUCAUCAUAUUUGGAAUAUUUACAGAAGAAAGAAGUUUCCUUCUCCGCGGAUCUAAAGACAAACACACAGACGAACUGCUGGUUCCACUCCAGUGAUGUCUUCCCUGUGGUGGGAGCAGUGGCCCCUGCAGGCGGCAAACGGAACCUCUCCCCCCGGCUUCGCUGACAACAGUAGCUGCUACAGCUCCACACAGAGUACUGUGCUCAAGGGAGUGGGCUUUGGAGGAGUGCCAGUCGUGCUACUGAUUGAUUUCUCUGUCUUUCUGGUGUUGCUGGUCGUCUUCUCCAUAAUCAGGAGGAUGUUCUGGGACUAUGGGCGUCUGGCAUUGGUUGCAGACAACGAUGGGUUUACUGAUUCAACACGCCGUCGCUAUGGACACAAGUCAUCCUUAGUGGCCAGUGUGGAUGAGUUUGAGCAGGAACUGGGAUUCUGCUCCUGGCUGCCUUACAUCCUCAGAAUGGAUGAGGACAAAAUAAAAACCAGAUGUGGCAUGGAUGCUGUUCACUACCUGUCAUUCCAGCGUCAUCUCCUCAUCCUGCUCAUGGUCGUAACUGUCACCUCCCUGGCAAUCAUACUGCCUGUCAACAUGACUGGAGACCUGCUGGAUAAUGAUCCACACAGUUUUGGAAGGACAACUGUUGGGAAUCUUCAAAAGGGAAACAACCUGUUGUGGCUGCACACAGUGUUUGCAGUCCUGUACCUGAUCCUGACAGUUGUUCUGCUGAGACAUUACACAUCACAACUGAAAGGCAUGCGCAGAGAAACAACCAGAAACACCUUGUUUGUGUGUUCAGUCCCUAAAACAGCGACAGAGGAAGCUGUAAAGACCCAUUUCAUAGAGGCGUACCCUUCCUGCCGAGUGUGUGCUGUGACCCUGGGCUAUAACGUGGCCAAGCUCAUGCACCUUGAUAAGGAAAGGAUACGAGCUGGAAAAAACCUGCGCUACUACGAGCGUGUGUUCGAGAAAACAGGGAAGCGUGAGCUGAUUGACCCUCGUGUGUGUAGUCAGCUUUGUUGCUGCUCCAGCUCUUCAAAGGUUGAUGCGAUAGAGUACUACAGCACUAAAGAAAAAGACCUGCUGGAGGAGGUGAGGAAGCAGACAGAACUGGUGCCACAGCACCCCCUGGGGAUGGCCUUCGUCACCCUGCAGACUGAGGCUAUGGCCAAGUACAUUUUGAAAGACUUCAACGCACUCGAGUGUGGCGGGACAAGCUGCUGCUGCGGGAGGAUGCCCCAACCUUCAUCUGAGAGUGAAACUCUGAAAGUGAAGAAGUGGAACGUCAGCUACGCACCCCAUCCCAAAAAUGUGUACUGGGACAAUCUGUCGUUGCGCGGGUUUCGCUGGUUCAUGCGCUAUCUGAUGCUCAACUUCCUCCUGUUCUUCCUGCUCACCUUCCUCACGACUCCCACCAUCAUUAUCAACACCAUGGACAAGUUCAACGUGACGAAGCCCAUCCGCUAUCUUAAUAGCCCCAUCAUCAGUCAGUUCUUCCCCACUCUCCUGCUGUGGACGUUCUCUGCACUGCUGCCGACCAUAGUGUACUAUUCGACAAUAGGAGAGGCACACUGGAGCAGGUCCAGUGAGCAGCUGAGCAUGAUGCGUAAACUGUACUUCUUCCUGCUCUUCAUGGUGCUAAUCCUCCCCUCGCUGGGACUCACCAGUCUUGCAGUGUUUUUCCGCUGGCUGUUUGACACAGAGUUUCUCGCAGGUGGGAAACUGAGGUUUGAGUGUGUGUUCUUACCUGACCAAGGAGCGUUUUUUGUCAACUACGUGAUCACAGCGGCCCUGGUGGGCUCUGGGAUGGAGCUGCUGCGGUUGCCAGGGUUACUGAUGUACACCAUUCGUAUGGCAUUUGCUCGCUCUGCUGCUGAAAGGAAAUAUGUCAAACAGAACCAGGCCUAUGAGUUUGAAUAUGGAGCCAUGUACGGCUGGUUCCUGUGUGUGUUCACUGUCAUUAUGGCUUACAGCAUCAUAUGUCCCAUCAUUGUGCCUUUUGGUCUCCUGUACAUGAUGCUGAAGCACCUGGUGGACAAACACAACCUGUACUUUGCCUACCUGCCUGCUCGCUUAGACCGCCAGGUCCACCUAGGAGCUGUCAAUCAAGCUAUGGCCGCGCCCAUCAUCUGCCUCAUAUGGCUCUACUUCUUCUCUGUCCUCAGAUCAGGUUUCUGGACGGCCACUUCUCUGUUCACGCUGGUGGUCCUUUGCAUCACUGUCUUCAUCUGCGUCAGCUACACCUGCUUCGGCCUUUUCAAGUACCUCAGUCCACACAACUACGCGGUGAAAGACGAGGAUGAGGAUACAGUGGAGGGAGUGGAAGAAAACACCAUGGUCUACCUUCCCAGAGUGCUUAAUCCCAAAUCACCUGCCAGCACAACAGAGGAGUCUAAACUCCAGCAGUCUUACGGCUCUACAGACGGCAGCCCGGCCCACAGCCCCACCCCCGUGACAGAGAGCAUGUCCGAUGGCUGAAUCAGCGUGUUUCAGCGCUGAGUAAAAGCUUUGGAGUCAAGACGCCCUCGACUCCUGAUUGUAAAUCUUUCUUCUUUAUCAUUAUAUCAACAUCGAAGUCAGAGUUUGAAUUCACCUCCAUCCCGCUGCUCAGUCAGACACAGUUUGUCCCACUGAGAGCAAAUCUCCAGAUGGUACAAGAGUAAUACAGGAAAUGGACUCCAAAGAUAUGAGCUUAAAGUACCAGUGGGGACAGUGGGUUAAAUUUAAAUUGCUUUCUGAUGGAAAGAAGGCACAAUAUUAGUAGGAAUUUAUUUAAUAUAUUCAGAUUAUUAUUUGCACAUGAUCAGCACAAACAUCCACGAGGAAUUUGCUAAGUAGGGAUGCACCGAUUCAUCAGCCAAACAUCAAUAUUGGCUGAUAUUUACCUUGUUGACCGUCAGCGGCCUAAAGGCAAAUAAGAAUACUUUUACCAAUAACAGUGGCCGAUGUUUUUCUGUUGUGUCACAUCAAUUUUGCGCAGACUAAAAAGCAGGGCUCAAGACUUAUGUCCUGUCGUCCAAGGCACAAUAGAAAAUUGGGACAAAGAAAGAUCUUACCAGGGGCGUUAUCAGGACAAAAGGACUGUCAGUGUGUCAGGGGAUGCAUUUGUCCUAUUUAUUCCCUGAUAAUGCACAUUAUGAACAACAAAUCUGUGCUGACAUCGGCCGGAGGAGAGCUAGUUAUCGUUAGCUGUUAGCAUCUAGAACUUAGAGCGAACAGAGGUUUAGACUGACUGACAUUAUGAUGCAUUUAAAUUUUAUUCAGUAAAAAAGAGUAUUUGGCAAAGGUCAACUAUAACAUAUAUGUUUGUAUGUAAUCUUGUAGAACAGGCCUAUUCAUUUGGAGGCCCGCGGCCACGUCUGCAACCUCCGAGUGGCCCGGCUAGGGAUGAGUACUGAGACGUGGUAUUAAACGACCCCGAUCAAAAUUAAUCAAGACUGUAGUAUUAACAAGCUCCAACAUUAUCGGCACUUUUAUCAAUACUUUUUAAAGUUUUGGUUUCAUGUAUCAUAAGGCUACUUUUACUGCAUUAAUUUGCAUUUGUUUAAAAUUUGUCAUUACCAAAAGCUAAUUAGAAAUUUCAGUAGGUCACUUGUGGCUGAAAAUGUCUGGCCCAUCAACAUUUUCUGGUUUUAAAAUUAGGCUCAAUUGAAUUUUUAAUUGAAUAGCCCAACUUUUGAACUUAGUGUUUGGUGAGACUUGAAUAAAUACAAUUGUUUGAAUGAGAAUUUUUUUUAUGUUUUCACAGCAAAUGAAAUAGAUAAUAGAGAGGGAAUUAGGGCUGCCCCCUGAUAGUCGACCAAAAGUUAGUCGACCAGUAAGGUCAGGAAAAAAAAAACGUGAAACUCUAUUAGAAGCUGCGCCUUAUCAAAAUAAAUCAAAAUCUAUAUGACUGGACCAUGUGGGAAUUUAAUUUGAAAGGACAGACACAGGAAGUGUCCA